CUCAGAACAGAGAAGAAUGUAUCGAUUGAUAGUAGCGACGAUAAUGAUGGUGAUUCAUCGCGGCAACGCARCAGYACGUAUCAAGAACAAUACUUGAGAGCACAAAAAAUGACGAUCAUCCAACCAACGCGGGAACUUCUUGGUCAAUGAGAAAAAAACAACGACGAUGUGUCAGACGCAGUGGGUAAYUCCCUUUAUUCCAAAAUCUCUAAAUUUGAUACUGGCAGACCAAAAAUUUAGAGAAUGUGACUCUAGACUUAGCAUAUUCAGAGCUGGUCAAAGCACCCUGUCCUAAAUACUCUACUUUUAGAGCAAAUAAAAUUUCCCAGUCCUUUGAAAGACUCAACUGAAAGGCAGGUGCAGCCCGCCAAAAUUAAGACUCUGUUGUUCUAAACAACASCACUAAAACAGGAGGAGGCGCCUCAAUCAAGUGCCUCUUGUGUCAACAAUGGCACUAAGGCACCUCUGUUGACCAUCAAGCCCAUAUCAAUAAUGUCCCUGCUACUGGUCUUUUUAGUCACUACAUUAUAUUUCCUAUCUGUUGCAUCAAAUAGAGCAAGAGGAGGAGGAGAAGGCCAGCGACUCCAAAGAGGCGGCUCAUUGUCCAAUCCCUCAUAUUAUUUAUGUUAAGGUGGACCAAACGGCAACAGCAGCURCAGAGUUGGUACUGCUGUUACUAACUACUCUGAAGAAGAGCUAGAGAGCCUCAUGGAGUUGAUACUGGUGGAGGCACUCCCGAUGGAUGCAGAACAGUAGUGUUGAUACAUGCAUAAAAUACUAAUUCAAAUUAAAUUAACAAACUGAGCAGCAGUAGCAGUAUGAGACUGUCAUUUGCAUACAGUUUAUUGCGCUGUUGCAGUAGGUGAUAUUAGGGAUUACACUUAUUCCUGCUUGGUGGUCUUCUUGUAUGGGUUUUUGUGCAUACCUCAUAUUGGUUUUUGUCCAUACMAAUACGGGAUUAGAAACUGUUUUCUGCUAAUUUAGCAUGUKAGGAUUCCCACAAGAACUAUUUGUAUCGUUAUGCACAUGUAGUCCAUAUCAGCAUGCACAUGUCAGAUAUCAUAGACUUGUCUUCAUUGCAGUAUAAAUGUGAACUAGUAUUCAUUAGAGUAUAAAUCUGUAUAUUCCAUACAAUUGGUCUCUAUCAGCCAAUGCGGGACAAGGUAUCAAAUGGAGUCGGCAACAGUCAAAAACAAUGACAUCCCAUCGACAAGCGAUGAGACAUUCUGGGCAACAACAAAACACAUCAUCGCCGACAACAGAUUGAUCCCUGACGUGACAGCCUGUGUCCAGCCUUGUAAUGAAGUAUUUUGGUAAACAUCAAACGUUUGGAUCCCUGCCAAUCGAAAAUAUUAUAAACAACGAUGAAGUUACUCAUCCAACCACAACUUCUCAAAGCCAUGUUGUUUUCUUCAAGCAUGAGACUUCAGAGCUAACAGUCGACUGAGAAACUCGACUUCGUCAAAGGCUAGGUUGAAAACGUCCUUUAGAGCGAACAAUAUGUGCAUCUAUUGGGCAUAGGUAGAUGAUUGUAGAAGGAACUGAUAGCGAUUAUUCAUAUCGGUGGACAAUGAUUCUUUUGAUAACGAUCCAUCCAUUCCAUCAUCAUUCACCCCCCAGAAUCACCAACGUUGAUCCGUCYAUUUCGAGUCUCACUGACAUGUGGCGGGCUGUAUCGAUGGAGUCAGUUUCCUGUGGCUUUUCAUGCCAAGAUCUUAACAUCUUUAACAAGUUUCGAGGUUUGUAAAGGUGAUUUCGUUGCAGUUUCUUCCGUUGGCUCGUCAUUAAAUCAAGGGAAUUCCUUGGUUGGCGCUUCCAUCUUGCUUUGUGCUCUCGUAGAGAUUUAUCUGUCUCGUGUACAAGAGACAAAUCACUGCUGCUGAGCGCCGUCGAGGAACAUGUUUCUACGUCGACACACUUUAUUCGUUCGUCCUGCGACAACGAAAAACAACUCAUCGCCCUAACAAAAGUUUGAAAGCGGUCCACCCGUUCGCAAUGGCGCUUAGUCCACAACCGCUGCUCUCGGAUCUUAUGCGCCCUGUCCAUGGCAUCCUUGAUUUCAGAACGGGAAUAUCCCCGUUCCUUCAAGAUGUGGAUACGUUCGAGAGGAAGAAGCUUUGCUGGAAUCGACGUCGACGUCGCGAGUGCGACGCUGUCACUGUUUCGGUCGAGAGAAUGCUUUCCUUGUUCGUAAUCUUCCAGCUCGUAGCAGUUAUCUCUUAUGUAAACCCAGUCUAAAGAGAUGGGUGCCCCCCUUGUUACCGACGGAUUGUCACCAAGACAGAGCAUGUAUUCUCUUAUUCGGACGGUUGAAAACCGAACGGUAUUCUUCCCAUUAUGUUGCUUCGCAAGUGCAACCUUUCGUCGGUGUAGGGAAUGUGCCAGGGUCUUCUUAAAGAUUUCAUCGCUGCGCUUCGUGCAGCCAGCAUCGUCAUCGUUAUUGCAGUCGCUAUCGCUAUCGCUAUUGAUGAUUUUAGUGGUAGGCUCCUCUGUAAUCCCUCCCAUCUUGAUGUAGGUUUGUAGAUUUAAUGAAAUCCAGCACGGUAGUAUUACGUCGGUGAAUUUUGACUUUGUUUGCUUAACCGUUUCGUUAUCGGAGCAGGGUGAAGAUGUCACGAAGAAUACAAGUCCCCCGGAUCACAAUGAAAAUUCGCACCUUCACAAUCCGGUGUUUUUGCUGAAACCGAAAAAACGAAAAAACAGUCUACCUUCUCGUGUUGCGGUUGGAUUGACAGAGCGGGUCUACAGCCAGAUAAUAGUGCGUGUCGGACAUCUUUACGAAGUAAGGGAACAAUACAAUUGUACUCUACGAAGUAACCGUACAAUUAUACUAAUUUCUGGGACCUGUACUUCUAGAACUAAAUAACUUGUCAUGGAAUUUGGUUUUGAUUGAAUCAAUGAGAAUAACCAUAAGUAAGAGUG